AUGUCCAUACUCAUCACCGGAGCCAGCGGCUACGUUGGACAAGAACUCGCCGCAGCACUCCUCACCACACUCCCAUCAUCGACAGUAACACUUACAGAUGUCGUUCUUCCCACGGUCCCCAAGAGCGCAACCCAACACGCCUCCCGCGCACAAUGCAUCGAAGCAGACCUCACGAACCCAAGCGUAGUCGACAGCCUCAUCACCUCCACCAACCCCUACGACACCAUCUACCUCCUCCACGGUAUCAUGUCCAGCGGAUCUGAAGCAAACUUCGAACUAGGCAUGCGCGUCAACCUCGACGCAACCCGCUACAUCCUUGACCGCCUCCGCAUCGUCACACCCGGCGUCAAAGUCGUCUUCACCUCCAGUCUAGCAGUAUACGGCCUCGCACCACCCGGCUACAUCAUCAACGAGAGUAACUUCCCCGCCGUGCCGUCCUCGUCGUACGGAUCUCAGAAACUCAUCAUCGAGACGCUGCUGAAUGAUUACUCCCGUCGUGGGUUCCUGGAUGGUCGUGCCGUCCGUCUCCCUACUGUUACUGUGAGAGCGGGAAAGCCGACACAGGCGGCGAGUAGCUUCGCGAGUGAUAUUAUCCGGGAGCCGUUUAAUGGUCGGCCUGCGGUGCUGCCGGUUGCUAAGGAGACGGAGAUGUGGAUUUGUUCGCCGGCGACGGUGGUGAAGAAUUUGGUCAAGGCGAGGGAGAUUCCGGCGGAGAAGUUUGGGGAUUCGAGAUCGGUCAACUUGCCUGGGUUGAAGAGUAUUGGGGGGAAGGAGAGGAGAGGGUUGGUGGAGGAGAGGUAUGAUGCGGAUAUUGAUCGGAUUGUGCAGACGUGGACGCCCAAUUUUGAUACGAAGAGGGCGUUGGAGUUGGGGUUUGUGGGGGAUGUGUCAAUGAGGGAGAAUGUGGAGAUGUAUGCGAAGACGUUCAACCUUAACCAGGCUCUCCGGAGCAAGGCCGCCCUGAAGGCCAUCCAGCCCGUCAAGCGUGGCUUCGCUUCCCCGGUCACCUUGCCUUCCACCACCCAGUCCACCACUCUCUCCAACGGUUUCACGAUCGCUACUGAGUACUCCCCAUGGGCUCAGACCUCCACUGUUGGCGUGUGGAUCGAUGCCGGUAGCCGGGCAGAGACUGACAAGACCAACGGAACCGCGCACUUCCUGGAGCACCUUGCUUUCAAGGGCACCAACAAGCGUUCCCAGCACCAAUUGGAGCUCGAGAUCGAGAACAUGGGCGCUCACCUGAACGCCUACACAUCGCGCGAGAACACCGUCUACUACGCCAAGUCCUUCAACAACGAUGUCCCCAAGGCCGUCGACAUCCUCGCCGAUAUUCUUCAGAACUCCAAGCUGGAGCCCACUGCCAUUGAGCGUGAGCGCGACGUCAUCCUCCGUGAGCAGGAGGAGGUCGACAAGCAGCUCGAGGAGGUUGUUUUCGACCACCUCCACGCCACUGCUUUCCAGAACCAGCCCCUCGGUCGCACCAUCCUCGGCCCCAAGCAGAACAUCCAGACCAUCUCCCGUGACAACCUGGUCGACUACAUCAAGACCAACUACACUGCUGACCGCAUGGUCCUCGUUGGUGCCGGUGGUAUCCCCCACGAGCAGCUCGUGAGACUCGCUGAGGAGCACUUCGGUGGCCUCCCCAGCAAGCCCCCGACCUCUGCUGCCCUGGCCCUCACCGCCGAGCAGAAGCGUAUCCCCGAGUUCAUCGGUUCCGAGGUCAGAAUCCGUGACGACACUCUCCCCACUGCCCACAUUGCUCUUGCCGUCGAGGGUGUCAGCUGGAAGGACGAUGACUACUUCACCGCUCUCGUUACCCAGGCCAUCGUCGGUAACUGGGACCGUGCCAUGGGUAACUCCUCCUACCUUGGCAGCAAGCUCAGCUCUUUCGUUGAGUACCACGGCCUUGCCAACAGCUUCAUGAGUUUCUCCACCAGCUACAGCGACACUGGUCUGUGGGGUAUCUACCUGACCUCCGAGAACGUCACCCGCCUCGAGGACCUCAUCCACUUCACCCUCCGUGAAUGGUCCCGCCUGAGCUACAACGUCACCUCCGCUGAGGUUGAGCGCGCCAAGGCUCAGCUGAAGGCCUCCAUCCUCCUCUCCCUUGACGGCACCACCGCCGUUGCCGAAGACAUUGGUCGCCAGAUCAUCACCACCGGCCGCCGCCUCAGCCCCGAGGACAUCGAGCGCACGAUUGGCCAGAUCACCGAGAAGGAUGUCAUGGACUUCGCCUCCCGCAAGCUGUGGGAUCAGGACAUUGCCAUGAGCGCUGUCGGCAGCAUCGAGGCCGUCCUCGACUACAACCGUAUCCGUGCGGACAUGAGCCGCAACUCUCUGUAA